GAGCGCACAAGACCAGCGUGUGUCCCAGUGAAGCCGUAGUUUGGUUUGGUUUGACUAGUUUCCCCCUUCAGGACUUGUUGGAGACGCACACCAGCGCGACUCUGCAUUUCUGUGGGCCCACAAUCCACAGCAAUGGAUGAUUUCUGAAGCUGACUCAACUCCGCCGCGAAGUCUUAAAACUGGGAAGAUCUGUGUGUGUUGCAUUUUUUUCACCCCAGCUACCUGUACUUUUCUCUCCAAAGGUCUCAACCGGACAGUGCGCUGGAUACACGCAGAAUGCGGACAAAACAGGAAAAGCUGAAGGAGUGGAAGUGAAGAAAAGUGUAGCAUGAGGCUGGGAAUGUGGCGGGGACACCACGGGGCAACAGGGCUGCAAGUUUCCUUAGCUUUGGAGAUCUGACGAGGACGCACCAAGAGCGGAAAGUGUUAAUGCUGCACGCUGGAUCAGCCCCGCAGGAUUCACUCCGCUGUGUUUACUGGCACAUCUGCGUAAAGAAGCUCACACUUGGCUGAAAGCAAACUGUAUGAACAAUAAAUAAAGGAGGGGAUUUUUUUUUUUUUUUUAAAUUAGGACAAAACAACUGGAUCCAAAUUAAACUACAGCAGUUUCUUAGAUUACUCGACUUCCACUCCUCCGAUCCGUUUCCAUUCUUUUUUUGCAAUUCUGAUUCCCGAAGUGGCUCCGAAGUGGUGUUGCGGCUCCUCGUCCCCGGCGGAUCCGGAGAUUGGAGUCUCUGCACCGGGAGGAGGCGGAGUCGGAGCUCCGGCCACACCGCAGGCUCCCAAGAGCGGCCGCGUCAAGAGGAUGGUGCGUCUGGCGGCGGAACUGCUGCUGCUCCUGGGACUCCUUCUCCUCACCCUGCACAUCACAGUGCUGCGCAGCAACCCGCUGCCUCAAGGAAAUGUAACUCUGAGCCUGGAUCAGGACGCGACACUUAGAGAGCAGAACAACAUAAAUGUAAAAAGUAGCUCCUCCGCCCAGCUGACUCCUGAAGACCGGAGGUCCGGUCCAGAACACCGCUUGGCCCAUCGGCCUGCAACCCUCCCCUGGGCACAAGGCAGCAAUGUACACAAGGACGGCCCCGGAGCUUUCCUCCUAGAUCUGCACAAUUUUCCCGACCUCUCCAAAGCUGACAUCAAUGGACAGAAUCCCAACAUACAGGUGACCAUAGAAGUGGUGGAUGGACUGGAGGGACACGAGCCAGAAAAAGGCCUCCGUAAGGAAAGCAAACCCAGCUGGGCUUCACCUAACUGGAGAAACUGGUGGCCUCACACUUCUUCAUCCUCCUCCUCUUCCACCACUCACCAAACGGAGGAGCAGGAUCGCUCCUAUGGGAGCAACACCGAGGACAGCAACUUCCUCCGUCCACCAGCAGACUGGGACAGGAGGGGAAGCAAAACUCAGACUGAAUAUGACUAUAUGGACGGAGAGGGUGACUGGAGUAACUGGUCAGCAUGCAGCGUCACUUGUGGAAAUGGCAACCAGAAGAGAACCAGGUCUUGUGGUUAUGCUUGUACAGCCACAGAGUCCAGAACCUGUGAUAUGCCCAAUUGCCCAGGUAUUGAAGAUGCCUUCAAGACAGCAGCUACUGAAGUGAGCCUGUUAGCUGGAACAGAUGAGUUCAAUGCCACAGAGCUCUUUGGUGUUGACACGGACAGCUGCGAGCGCUGGAUGAACUGCAAGAGCGAUUUCCUGAAGAAGUACAUGACCAAAGUAGCAAAUGAUCUUCCCAGCUGCCCCUGCUCUUACCCAACCGAGGUGGCGUACAGCACAGCGGACGUACACGACGCCCCUACACGCCGAGACUUCCGAUGGAAAGACGCCAGCGGGCCUAAAGAGAAGCUGGAGAUCUAUAAGCCCACAGCCCGCUACUGCAUCCGCUCCAUGCUGACCCUUGAAUCCACCACGCUGGCGGCGCAGCACUGCUGCUACGACGACAACAUGAAGCUCAUCACUCGCGGCAAAGGUGCCGGCACACCCAACCUCAUCAGCACAGAGUUCUCAGCCGACCUGCACUACAAGGUUGACAUCCUGCCCUGGAUCAUCUGCAAAGGAGACUGGAGCCGCUACAACCAGGCCAGGCCGCCGAACAACGGGCAGAAGUGUCCAGACAACCCUCAGGAUGAGGACUACUACAAACAGUUUGAAGAAGCGAGGGAAUUCUAGCCCACUGUAGAGUGAAAAGGAAAGAAAAAAAAACACUGCUUAAGUAUUCAGCUAAACCUCAGAAAUGGUGCUGAAACCAUUUUUAUUAAGUUUUAGGUCAAAUAACACAAGAACUUUUAGGCUCUGAGGAAAGACUUGCUGCUCUUUGGAACCAAGAGGAAUGAAAAUCCAAGAGUCACAACCCUUCUUACUUGCUCACAAGGAACUUUCUCUCAUCGAAACCAGACACAAAACUUUGUCUUUCUAAAUUUUUUAUGAAAUAUGCCAGUAAUCUUGCUACUAAUUGUAACUCAGAUUUGGUCACUAAAGGGAAAACUGACUUAAUAUUUGAUAAAAGGGAAAAUUAUUAUUGUUGAAGUGUCUGUUUAGAUGUUCGUCUCCGUAGAUUCUUUAUGUUUGUUGAAUCGGAGAGGCCUGUGGUAAUAGAAUAAAGCGAUCCCUCAGGAAUGUGUCGGGGAGGGAGGGCAGGGUUAUCCUUCAUUUUGUCAUUCACAAUAUCCAGGUUUUCAUUUAAGCUUGUGAGUAUGUUUAUUUAGCAUGCACAUUUAAAAAAAAAAAAUCAUUAAUUUACCCCUGUAAUUUAACUGUGUCCCUUGUGUUGCCGAGGCAGAUCUUCAUUGUAAAAAAAGCCUGCAUUAUUUUUGUAAAGUAUUUAUUAAGUUGUAGCUGUGUCUGAGUUGGGUGUCUAUGACUGUGGUUACUGAUUCACAUGUGGCUGAAUGCUAACUUGAGAUUCCUCUCCAGUUCGCACGUUGCCAUCGAUAUGCAUGUCUCAAGUUAGGAUUAAACCCUAAUAGAGCGUAAAGAAUGUGUGAAUUCAACUGUACGGAAAGAUUUUUGAGAUAUAAAUCUAUAAAUAAAUUUUUUUAAAAGUCA